UGCCGUCCAAUGAGCAGCUCGAAGUAGCUCGAAGUUGUUCCCGUCCUGCUCGUUCUUUUUUGUCAACAAAUGGGCAUGAGCAGGACAGGGAGAAACUUCGAGCUCUCAUUGGACAGCACUUUUUGGAUAACCGGCUACAAAAUAUAUCUAUAUUAUAGCUUUUUUUUUACCGUUUUCAUAAGCAAGUAAGUUUUGUAGAAACACGAUGGUCAAGAUCGGUCUCCAAAUCAAGGCCACUCUCGAGAACAUAGAAGAACUGAAGACCUGCCACCCGAACUAUCCAUUCUUCUUGAAAAUCAAGUGCACCAACUGCGGCGAAGAGUCGGACAAAUGGCACGACAUAACCGAAGGUGAGCACGUCAAUGAAGACACGCGUAACCCAAAGGGAUUCAAUUUCUACAUGAAAUGCCGGAUGUGUUCCCGCGAGAACAGCAUCGACAUCGUCGAGGGAAGCAAUGCAUCUUACACGGGCGAUGAUUCCGGAAAACUUAAGACGAUAGUUGCCUUCGACUGUCGUGGGGUGGAACCGGUAGACUUCAGUCCACGGGCAGGCUGGAUUGCCAAAGCGACCGAUGGGGGGCCCAAGUUUGAGGACAUCGACUUAUCUGAUGACGACUGGGUGGAAUAUGAUCAGAAAAAUAACAAUUCCAUCGGAGUUUACGAAUUUGAGUCUGAUUUUGUCAAAAUGAAGAAAUAGAAUUUCAUAUAAUUCA